AUGGAACCAAAUCAAAGACUUUUGGAAAUAAACCCAAAUGACCUUAUUGAAUGUGAUAUUAGUGAAUUAAUUGAAAAAUAUCAGUUAAAUAAUACUCCCACAAUACAAAUAGAAAACAUUGAACACAAUGAAAGUAACGAAGAUAAUAGUAAGUACCUGAAGUGA